GCGUGCAAUGGCUGGUGGGCUGCCAUCGUCUGUGGCGCGUGUAUGAAGAAGGCAAAAUAAUGUGGAAAUAGUCCUGUUAAAACAACUCUUUUUUUCGCAUCAUUCCAGAAACAAACAGUGGUAAAUCAGGCCUGAAGGACUAAUGUGAUGAACGGCAAUGUCAUAUGAACCGCCAGGGUUCAGCAGAAAGUCUGUUUACGGCCAUGAAAAACUGUACGAAAGUAGCAGCAAAGUUGGGUCGACAUUUCUGAGCUCUGAGAAGCCAGUUGCUAAUGGAGCUGGGAGAUCGCUAAGCCGUCAAGAGGAUGUAAAACAAAGGCGAAACUACAAGCUCCUUAUAGAUCCUGCUUUGAAGAAAGGAUCACAGAAAAUCUUCAGAUAUGAUGGUGAAUUUGAUGGGCAAAGUCCAAUCAUCCCAAGAGAUCCUCGUUCAAGAAGAACCAGAAUAUGGACGUUAAACAAAGCUGAUUUACCAGUUCCAAAUUUCAAGGUCGAUAAGUAUUAUGUAGGCACUCCACCUCAAAGAGAAGUAGUCUUUACAGGGUUAAAUGACAAUGUCGACCGAAAAUUCCUCCAAGAGAUGUGCUUAAAGUACGGCAAAGUCGAGAACAUCAAGAUCUACUACGAUCCUCUGACAAAAAAGCACACCGGAAAAGCAAAAGUGACCUUCGACUUAACAAAAUCAGCCAAACUCGCCUGUUCCAAGCUCGAUGGCUGCUCUGUCAUGGGGAAUAUAAUCUCAACUCAGCUUGAACCGAAUUUAAAAGGAUUAGCAUCACGUCUGAAACAACAGAAGAGCCUAGAGAAACCACCAUUCCUGAACACCAACAAACCAACCCUUCACUAUCCAACACCACCAUCAACCAACUCUCAUUCACCGUCCUUAGAGAGUAGCUUGUCUACUUCAAGUACUCCCAAAGUUUCUCGACCUGUAGACCCAAGAAUCAGAAAUCCCCCAACACCAGUAACACCACCUCUUCUAGACGUGAACUCUUCUAUGCUCAGCUCAAAAUUACAGCAGCGAUCAAGCUUGAGCUCACAGUUGUCUCUUUCUGGUCAUGGGUCGGUAUUUUCAACAUCACUAUCUUCAUCAAGUUCUUUUGAACCUAUUUCACCGCCACCUUUGCCAAAAAAUAUUGUACCCCGCCCAAUUGAAGACACACCCAUUGAAGGUGCACCACCACUACCUCCACCAGUUGAACAGACUUCAUCGUUUCUUAACUAUGAAGACAUAUCACCUGAACAAACAUAUUCCCCUGAAGACAAAGCCAAAAAAGUGUCCAGCACACAGGAAGCCCCGAAAACAACAACAAGCAAGACAUCAGGAAGAUCAACUUGUGAUGAAUCGAAAAUUGGCAAAAUGAUUGAAAAUUUGAGGAAAGAUUCAGCAUGGUGCAGCCCCUCUAGGGAUCACAGUAGAUCACCCAAGAGUGACAAGUAUAGCAGUCGGGAAUACAGAAGUCAUGAUUCCAGACAUUAUAAUGAUUACGAUGAUAAGGGAGAUAGACAUCGGGAUCGCUAUGGCGAUUACCACCGGGAUUAUCGGGACGAUAAAGACUACAGCUCACGAAGAGAUAAUAAAAGAUCUGACGGUAGUAGAUAUUCUGGUCGCAGCUCAAGUUAUAAACACCAUGAGACAUGGAAGGAUUCUCACAAUGAUUACAAGUCACGCAAAAGUGAUUAUAGUAGGAGUAGUUAUCGGGAUGAUUAUAAUGAUAGAAAACAUGGUGAUAGACAAAAAGACAACUCAAAGUAUAAGAAGAGUGACAGAUACACUACAAGUCCAAGAAGACCAGAGGACAGGGAUAGGUAUUCUGGAAGUCCUCGUCAUGGGGAAGAAAAAAGGAAAUCUGAUUCAAAUGAAACGCAUGGAAAGGAAGAUUUGAGAACUCGAGAAUGGCAUUCCAGGAAGUCACCAAAUGACUAUACUGAAAACAAAAAUGCAGAUACUUGUGUGUCAAGUCGAGAAGAAAGGAGAAGUGUUUUUAGAACUGAAAGGAGCCUCUCACCUCAAAAAAUAGGCAAGUCUCCUGUUGCAUCAUCUUUGGGGAGCCCAAAAGAAUUGCAGCCAGAUCCUCCAUUACUUGGAUAUUCUUCAGGCAAGAGUCAUAGUUUAGAUAAUUAUGAGACUAAUGCUUAUGGAGUUGUUUCUGUAGAGGGAUCUAAUGAAGAGCCAUUCCCACCUGGAGAAGAAAAGUCAUUUUUCCAUGAGCAAGAUUUGGAAAUAUCAAGAUUAAUGAAACUACCUAAUAUGCAAGAACCCAUUAGAAAACGAAAAUUAUCUCAUGAUGCCGAAGAUGAUAAUUCUAGUUCUAAAAGACUAAAUAUUGAUAAAAGAGGUACUCCUUUUAGUGAAUCAGAGAGUGAGACAAACACAACUGACUUGGUAAGUCUUGGAGACUUCAGAGGUAGCCAGCAAGCCUCAGAGACUAGAGAUAAGAAAGGAGGUGUUAUAGAUACAGAACUUAAUGGCACAGAUGAUACAACACAUGCUGAUAUGCUUCAAGUUGAAGAUAUAUCACCAUGCCAGUCACCUUUGGGAGUGACCGUCGUCACUGGUAAUACAGUUGUGAAGUUAUCAGACUCUAAUAAUCUUUACUCUGAUAUCGAAGCGAAUGAAGAUACUGAAACAGAGAUCAAAAAUGAUGGACAGAAUGAUGAUGAUGAUGAUAUGUCACUCUCAUCUAUCAGUUCAAAUGAGGAUACCUUUGAGCUUAACGAACCUUCAAAAAAGAUAUCCCCUAAAAACCAACCUGUCAGCCUUCCACCCCCAAAUAUCUUCCAAUAUCCACCAGCAAUUAUCCCUCCUCCUGUUAUGUAUAACCCUCUUGUCCCUCCCCCUGGUAUGCCAUUUCCACCACCCCCUCUUCCACCUAUACCAGGAAUGCCACCCCCUAUCCCUCCCCCAACUCUUCCACAUAUUAUCCCACCUCCCUCAGUGCUUCCUUCAGUACAGCCUGCCUCGGUACCCUAUCCAAGCACCUAUCCUCUGCACCCAAGAUUGUCUUGUGGUUAUGGCCAGGGAUUUGAGUAUAGACCAACUAAGCAAGAGAAACUGUGGAACUGGAAGAGACAGAUUAUUGAUGUAGUAUCAGGUGUGGUUCGCAAUGAACUUGAUGCAGUCCUUUCCCGAGAUGUCUUUCGAAAGCUUGUGGAAGCAUCGGCUUUUAAAUCUCUGGAGGCUUGGUGGGAGAACCAAUGCAAACCAAAGAUUACCCCUUCUGUGCCCAGUACUCUACAACAAACAUCCACAGUUGCCCAUCCAAGUUCAUCAACUCCCUCAACGCUACUUGGUCCAAGUCCUUUUGAUCUAUCACACAGCAUGGCUAUGGGCCUCAGAGCCUCUCUUCCAAAGCUACCCUCAUUUAAACGUCGUGCUCCAGAACCAAAACCAGAUGCCAAGAAAACAAAAGAACUUGCCAAAUCACUCUUGGGCAAGACUGUUGAAAGUUCAUUAUCUCUUAAAAGAAGAAGGGCAUAUGAUUCAGAAUCUGAACAUGACACAGAAGUGGAACUGUCCAGCCGUGAGGGAGAUAAGAGACCAAGAACAGUGAGUAGUUUAGUUGAUGAUGGCGAUGAUGAGAGGAGUCAGUCACCAUGGCAACAUCUAGAUGAUGCAGCACCUCCUGCAAUGGAUGUUCGAAUUUCUAAAGCUACCGACAGACGAGUCAGUACAGGUUCAUCUUUAUACAAGACCAUAUACUCCAGUGAAAGUGAAGAUGAAAGUGAGAGUGAAGCAGAAACAGAAGAAAAGGAAGAAAGUGAAGAUGAGCAGGCGGAAAGUGAAGAAGAAAGGGAAGAAUAUGAAAGUGAAACUGAAUCCAGUGAAGAAGAAAGUGGAGAGGAAUCAGAUGAAGAAGAUUCAGAGGAAAGCGAAGAAGAAGAGGAAGAAAAGGAUAAUGAAAAAGUGGAAGUUGAAUUUAAGAAACCAAUUCUAUCAGAUGAUGCUGAAGAAACAGAUAGAUCUUUCUCAGGUACAUCCCAAAGUCAAAUGCCUGAAAGUGAAAUUUCUGAUUUUGAUAAGGAGGACAUUGACACAGCAGCCAUUAAGAGUACAGUUGAAACCAUUACUCUAUCACAGACAACCAAUUAUGACACAACUUCAGGGCUUGCAAUACAACCUAGAAUUGACAAAAUGGAACUCUUUGAAAAAGACUUGACUACAGAUACAGAAACAAUAGUGUCUGAAGAAGAAGUUCGACCACAAACAGACAAAGAGGAGGAGAAAACAACUCCUGUGUCAGCAGAAGAGAAGGAACAAGAAAAGAAAGUUGACAAAGAAGUGGAAGAAAUCACAGACAAACCGGAAGACAAGCCUUCAUUAACACCGCAUAUUCAGUCCAUUGCUUCUCUUGUUGAACUGGAUCACUCCUAUGGCUUGGUGUGCCGAGAGGAGACCCCACCUAUUGAUGUCAUCACUGUCGACCAGGAAACACCUGAUUCAAAAUUCACUGUCAUUGAGAAAGAAUUCCAGGAAGAGUUAGAAGACUUAAAAGAUGGUAAAAAAGUGAAAGCAGAGAAGAAGCUUCCUAAGCAUGUCUUUCCCGUUCGAAGYUUUGAGCAAGAUGAUGAACUGGUUUAUGAGUUCCUCAAAAGUGGUUUGGAUUAUGAAGAUGCUCACUUCUUGAAAGUAGGGUUUGAUCAGCUGGUCCAGGUGUGCUCGGAUUCUGUUGUUGGAGCCAAAUGGAGUUUCCAUCCUGUAACUGCUCAGCCUACCAGCACUCCAACACUCAAACGCCGAAGACAGAAAUCCGAAGUGGGUGUACGUCUACACGUUACUGGAAGUGCUCGAUCUGAAGGGUACUACAAGAUAGACAGCAAAGAAAAAGCAAAAUAUGCGGAGAGUGUGCAGGGGAUCGUGCAGCAUGAGAAAAAUAUUGCCACAAUAGAAGAACCAAAACUCGACGCAAGCAAAGGAAAGCAGCUGUCUCGCGAAAACCGCGCGAUGCAGAGACGUUUACAGUCGGCUGUCUGCAACGAAGACUUCGGCGACAUCCUUAAGUUCAACAAACUUCGGGUGCGUAAGAAGCAACUGAAAUUCGCAAAAUCUCCAAUUCACGACUGGGGUCUGAUUGCUCUAGAGCCGAUCGCCGCAGAUGAGAUGGUCAUCGAGUACCUUGGAGAGAUGAUUAGACAGGUUAUAGCCGAUAAUCGCGAGAGAAGCUACGAAAGGAAAGGGAUUGGUAGCAGUUAUAUGUUCAGGCUGGAUGAGGACACCAUCAUCGACGCUACUGUUAAAGGAAAUUUUGCACGUUUUAUUAACCACUGUUGCGAUCCAAACUGUUACGCCAAGGUAAUUGCAUUAGAAAACGAGAAAAAAAUCGUGAUCUACUCCAAACGAGACAUCAAAGUCAACGAAGAAAUAACAUACGACUACAAAUUCCCUUUGGAAGACGAAAAAAUCCCUUGCUUAUGUGGUUCUCCCGGCUGCAGAGGAACUUUAAAUUAAUCCAGAACUCCAAGUAUAUUUAUUUACAGCUUCGUUUUGGGGAGCACACAUUUGUUUGUAUAAAAAUGUUAUGAGUCUAAAUAACGAUUUUAGAUACAGUACUUCUAGUCAUUGCAGAUGUGAUACCCAGAGGAUGGACUAGAGUAUACAGGGUUUUCACGGCAGCUAUGUCGUAGGGCAGGAGCAAUGAAAUGUUUCUCCUUGACAAGAGAUUUCAUUCUUCAGGCGAGGAAUUGUCUACUGUUUUACUCACAGCAUUCCUGCGGUAAAACUCUCAUUUCAGCGCCAUUGGUCGCGGUAAAUUAAAAUGAAGUAUUUUAGAA